ACUUAUCAAGAAGGACAGGUCAUCCUGAAUCUCGUCCAUGCAAGCAAGAUCUGGAUGUCCAUCAAAAGAAACCAUUAUAUGGUCCGUGCAUCAUCUUCCAUGAAGUGAAUCUUCUCAACACUUCCAAGGAAAAACUGCCUUCGAUUUCAACUGUUUAUAAACUUCUUUUAUGUACAUACUUACUAGGUAUUAUUUAUUGCUGUCAUCUAUUACUUGAUCUAGUGGUCAUAUAAGCAACAGGUUACCUGUAGCAUACCAACGAUUCACCUACGCUUUUUCCUAGUUUCCAACUUCAGCUUACUUCACCUAUCAUCCAACGACGUUCAUGUGAGGAAGUUGACCAGGAGACAAAAUGGCAAACAGGAAAGAAACCAACGUAUCCAAAAAUGAGGGCUACCUAUCAGAUGAAUCAGAUUUCUAUGGUAAUACAACCCUAUAUAUUACUUCAUCCCAUUAUUAACCUUCAAACAGGUGAUUCGACAACCAAAGAAUCAUUCGAAGAUCGUGCUUCGGAAUUUAAUGAUGCAGCAUAUUGGAAAAAUCAUCAACCAUCCCUGACCGAAAAGGCAGAUGCGAAUGUUGCCCAAGCUCUUGCAAGUCCACCACCAAAAUCAACCAUGUAUAAUCCGUAUGCAGGUCAAGAAUGUGCAUGGCAACUUGAAGAGAGCGUUGAAGCUUUUCUAAAACGAUUACCACCAAAGACGACUCAAGUUUCUGAAUCGAUUCCAUGGAUAUACAUUACCAAUCCCUUCCGUGAGGCACCGAAACGUAUUGCAAUACAUGAAGAAGCUCCUCUCGAUAAAGAUAGCGAGUGAGUACAUUUUGUGUACAUGGAGUCUCAAUGAGCAGUUUCCGUAUGCUGAUUUGCAUAAACAGCUGGGGAAAAUGUGUAUUCGAAGGGAAUCGUUUACUACAGGAGCUAAAAACUCUUCGAAACACAAUUGAGAAGGAAAAUGCUGGAAAAUCCACAGUUGCAAUCACUCGGUUGAUAGACAAAGGGAAAGAAGUUAUUGUGCAGAAAAUUUUAGAUACAGCAGUUGAUUGUCAAUGUACUACUGGGAAGGUAUGUUUUAUGUCUCGCUUAUAUGUUACUCCUGAGACUUCUUUGCUCUCAAUUCGAUGCUCACCUGAGUGGCUCUCGGAUAUUUUCAAUACCUAUGUGAUAUUCACAUCCGAAGAAGAAAAUCACCCCGCUCGGGAAUUUCAUCUUGCUUCUUUUCCUCAUCUCAAAUUCCAAAUCUAAUUUCUAACUCGUUUUUCGUAAGUGGAUGAUUUUCUGUCUUCCCUCUGAAGUAAACGAGAUCUGGUCCGCAAUCGCAAAAUCUACCUCAACCAAUUCCCUCGGCAUAGGCGCCAAAGUAGCACCCGAUGAUGGAUCCGGCCUCCUUCAGAAAACUCGACUCAUAUGUGUCUAUACCGAGAACUUUUCAGAUAAAAUGGAUGUGUAUCGAGUCUUGAAAGCUAUUAAGGAAUUAGGGUUAGUAGAUAAAACAAAGAGGGGUGCGAUUUAUUAUAAAGCCGGUAUGUUCCCCUUUGAUUCUCUCGUCCUCCCCUCCGAUGAAAAUGGAAGGUAAUACAUAAUUGUGUGAAGAUAAAAAAACUAACCUGCACAUCCUUUUUCAUUUGAAAUAGAUGUAUACACCUACCUACAACUCAACUCCUCCAAUCCCUACGACAUCAAAGCCUCUCUUUACAAUUCCCAAGAAUUUUUCAAAGAUCCCCCUCAACCGAAUUCCAAUACAAAACCUAAAACUCGACCCAUAAAAAAAGAAAAUGCGAAAGUAGAUAGCUUCUUUCGGAAAAUCAAGAAGGAACCUAGUGAUGUGGCUAUGCAUUAAUUAGGUUAAUUAUGAAUGAGUUGAGUUGAGUAGGUAGAUUUGCUCGGAGGUAGGGAAUUUGUGAAGUUACUUUCCUAGCCUUGGGCUUCGUUUAGGGAUAUGGAUGGAUGGAUGGGGAGUUAGGAUGUUGUAGUCCUUGCUUGGGAGAUUUCUGUGGCAGAUGAAAUUAAGUUGAAUUUUAACCAUCGAGUCGAGAACAUACUAGCUAGAUACCCAAGAGGUAUAGUGUCUGCUUCGAACAUAACUUUUGCGUGACUAUAUCAGGGAUAAGGUGAUCAGUG